AAACUGGCUCAGUUCAACGCCGACUGUCGUGUGUCUCGCACGUGCUUGUUGUUAGUUUAACGCGUCCGCGGCCUGUGACUUGUGAGUGAUGUGCUGACACAGAGCUUUGAUUGUGAAGUGUUUGUGAAACGUUUUUAAACUGGAGAAGGAUAAUUUAUUGUGGAGCACCAUGCUCACAUCUAGUAAUCAGUAUUUGCGACCGGAUUACCUGUCGCCUUUACCGACCACCCUCGACGCGAAAAAGAGCCCGCUGGCGCUACUAGCGCAGACCUGUAGUGCGAUCGGCGCUGACACGCCGAACCCUAAGCUCAUCUCCGCUGCGGAAAAAGCGAGCAAAAAAUACGACGAUAAACCAAUGCAUGUGGAUAACAAGCCAAGUUUUAAGCCUUACGAAUCGUGCCUAACUUCGAGAGAAAAGACUAGAACACCGGAAGAUAGAGCUUCGUCAGUUAACGCUCAUUCAAAAACUCCAUCAUCAAAGGGCAGUGCUUCAACGACUCCCGUUCAAGCGCGAUGCAGUAGCAACCAAAGUUCGUCAUCUCAAAGGACAUCGCCACCGGCGCAUCGCAAAACGCCUUCCGAGAAAUCUGACGAGAGGACGAGUCCUCUUCACUCACCCGCUCAUACCAAAUCAAAUUCAGACUCAUCUAGCUCAACGUCCAAGUUACCAUACCCGCAGAGCACUAUGCCGUCCUCAGAUACCAAAGAACCCUCCAGUUUCAAACCUAGCGUACCUGUGAGUUCAUCAGCUUUCCUAGGCGGUUUACCCCCAACUGGAUUUCCACUACAUAUGGACCUUAUGACAAGCAGCAUUAUGGCUGCCCAACAUCAAGCUUUGAAAAAUGGAUUGAAUCCAUACCUCGCUUAUGCAAGAAUGAAAGCUCCCGGGAGUGAUUUAGGUAUCUGUAGAGAUCCUUAUUGCACUGGAUGUUCUCUAAGUUCCCACUUGCUCAAAUCUGCGGUAUGUCCAGCGGGAUGUGCUCAGUGCGAUCACGCCAAAACACCCUUUCAGCUACCUACCGGACAUCCAGCGGCAGCUGCAUAUGCUCAUGCACAAUUAGCCGCUUUAGCAGCAGCAUCUCAAUUACCCUUUGUAUGCAGCUGGAUGGCUGGGGACUCCGCAUACUGCGGUAAAAGAUUCGCGACAUCAGACGAGCUACUUCAGCACUUAAGAUCUCACACUGCUAGCGGUGAAUCGAGUCCUAGUUUAUCGAUGUUGAGCGCGACUCACCCUCUUCUGCAGCGGACGUACCCUACGCCGCCGUUGUCACCGCUGACACCACGAUUCCAUCCAUACAGCAAGCCAUCUCACUUGGUGUCCUCGCCACCUCUGCCGUUUCCUCUACCACCACACCCAUCUCUUGCGGCUUACUUUCCCUCAUACCCGUUAUUUGGACCGCGGCCGCUGCACCCUUGAGGACCGUCGGCGCUCCACGCACACAAGAAGGGGGGCGCCGACCAUUAACGCCCAUGCCAAAAGGACAUUCGGAACAGAAGAAAGUGUAAAUAUAAAUUAGUGUUCUUCUAGUUUCCAGUCGGCUCAUAUCAUCGACGGACUUAAACCCCAGCGGGGUACGACAGCUGUGAUCUCUAACUUGUAAUAUUGGUGUUGUUAUAGUGCACUGACUCUGAGCCCGCUAUCGCUUCGUCCCGCGAUCGCGGUUAUAAUUUUCUAGUUAGACUAACUGAAUUUUUAUGUACCAAAUCUAUAGUAACGUAAUUAAAUUAGCUUCUAACUUAAGUUGUUACAAUUAGUGAGGAUUGUUAAUUGUGUUUGUAUUUCUUAAUCGAUAUACUUCGAUAAAAACUUUUGUAAAAUUCACAUAUCUUUUAAUAUUACGCGCUGAGUGAUAUGAAUGUUAAUGUUAUUGAAUUAAAAUUAUCUUUUUAAUUUCUGCACACACUUUCUUAAUGUGAUAAAAGUCUUAAUUAUCCUGAACACAUUAUAAUUCAAACAUUAAAAGCUUACAAUGGCACCGUGUCUUUAAAUUAAAAAAAAAAUGUUAAUAAAUAAAAACAUUAUCAUUAUAGAAUAUAAAUUUUUAAUCAAUCAAAGGUGAAGUAAAUUGCGUGUACUAUAUAACUAGUAUAUAAAACACUGUAAUAGCCGCAAGAAUAU